CAGAGUUCUGGAUGGAGGCCAGCAGGGUUAGUGAUCCUCUCCCAGCUCUGCUUCGCCUUCUCUCCCUACAAACUUCAUUUUUUCCCAGCUUUGAGGAAGGAUUAGACCCGGUAUACAAGACCAGACUUUUCAAGCUGAGUUUUAAGCUGUUGGUUUCAUUAUUUUUUUCCAAAGUUAAAAGUUAGACUUAAACGCCCUCCUGCUGUAUUUAGAACACUCUUUUAGCUUCUGUUUUCUCUGUAACAUUUUUAAAUUUCGGUUUUUCACCUCUUGCUGUCAGAUUCGAUGGCACUUGGAGUGCUAAAUCCACAGUUAAAGAGCUCCUUAAGUGGGAGCGAAUUUUUCGACAGUGGUUAUGUAGAGGAACUACCACCUCCUCUUCAAAGCUACCUUUGUUUGACCAUUUUUACAUGCUUUUGUCCUGCAUACCCCGUCAACAUUGUGGCUUUGGUCUUCUCUAUCAUGUCUAGAAACAGUUACUACAGCGGAGACUACGAAGGCUCCAGGCGGCUGGGCAGGAACGCGCUCUAUGUGGCUAUUGCCUCAGUCAUCAUCGGGCUUCUCAUCAUCGCCAUCUCCUGCACUGUUCAUUUUACCACAAUGGAUUUUUAGUGCAGUGGAUGCAGAGAGAGCAGAGAGUUGAAGACUCAUUACGAGCUCAGGUGCCAACGAAAGGAUUCAGACUCACCUCAUGUUUACUUUAGCCUGUACAGUGCUUACUUUACUGUCUAUGUUGUUCCUUACAAAAAAUCAGUGAAUGUAAAAUCUGGUGGGCAUGUAGACUUCAGUGACUAAUGUCUUUCCAGAUUUGAUUGCAAAAGGCAGCUUUCCACAAAGGUGUAAACAAUCCACUGUUUACUGUUGCUCAUAGCUCGAGUGAUAAAGAUCCUGAACGUAAUGCCUUCUUUAAUGAUAAUAAAACCAGUUAUGUUAAACCACAAUGGUGGAUAAAGAAUCUGAAAAGACAACAACUGAUAACAAUGAAAUAUGAAAAUAAUUUAGGCGUGUAGAGUAUAACUUACAAAUGUAUCUCUCCGAGGUAGAAGCCCAAUUGACCUUUUUAAGAACACAGAGUGUCUUAAUUAGCUUCACUGUAUUUAUAGAUAAUCCCCUGCUGUGCAUCAAACCUGGAAUUAUUAUGAAAAUGAUUGUGUAAACAAACAAAUGUUAUUUUCAUUCCUGUAGCAGUUACAAAGAGCAUGUGAAAUAUGUGUAUCGCAGUGCAGCGUAUCGGCGGCCACCAUGGUUCACACAGAGACUUUUGGAAGAAUAAAUAAUUCAUAAGAAGAAUAAAUUAAUUUUUCCUCUGAUGACAGAAAUGUUAAAACACACAAUUGUGAAAUCAAAUCCAGUCACAAGUUCUGCUUCUGUAGCUUUAUUUGCCUAGUGUGAUGAUUGAUUAUAAACACAGCAGUUAAUAUAAAUGUAAACCAAUGCUGGAAAAAUUAUAUUACAAGUUAUAUCCCUGACUUUGUGCCUCGUGUUUAUGAUUAUCUACAAUUGCUGUUUUUUUAUUAUAUAUUUUUUUUUUUCAUGAGACUUAAAGAUGUGUUACAAACUUAGGCUGUGAGGUUUAAAAGUUGCUUGCAUUUACCAGACAGCAAGGGUCUGAUGAGAGAACUCCUGAAGAUACUACACAAUGGGAAAUAAAGUAUCUUGUAAUAUUUUGGGGGGACUUGCCCCAUAUUUGGACUGGAUGUUAGAAUAUUUGGCAUUUGGUGUUUACUCUUUUUCUUCAGCUGUGUUCGCACGAGCCUGCUGCCUAAAUGCAUUUUUAAAAAUAUAUGUGUAUUAAAAUCAGUUCCAGACA